GUCACAAGUUACGUCGAAGAACACAAGUGUCGUGCCGACGUGAGCUUCUGCGCCAUGACGUGUUUCAAACCACGUGGUUUUGUUAUUGGAGGAAGUGAAAAUGGCGGCUCAGUCUUUUCUCUCCGAGUCGGCUCUUGGCUGGUCUAUUUUCACCUUUAUACUUUUGGUCAUCCUUGCUUUUUGCUGGGUCUACAUCCGCAAAUUUCAAAGUCGCCAGGAGAGUGAAGUUGUUUCAACCAUCACGGCAAUAUGCGCACUGGCUAUUGCGCUAAUAACUUCUGCACUUCUUCCUGUGGAUAUAUUCCUUGUCUCCUUCAUGAAGUACCCAAAUGGCACUUAUAAGGAAUGGGCUGUCAACAAUGAGACAAGAGCCCAGAUUGAAGAUACUGUCCUUUAUGGCUAUUAUGCACUUUACUCCAUCAUCCUCUUGUGUGUGUUUCUAUGGAUUCCUUUCGUUUAUUUUUACUAUGAAGAAAGAGAUGAUGACAAUGUCAACAGAUGCUCGCAAGUUAAAAACGCCAUCAAGUACACAGUCGGAUUUGCCAUUGUCUGUGUAUUGCUGCUACUAAUUGGAGCAUUUGUGCCACUCGAGGCUCCACCACAGCAAAAUGCCACGCAGUGGGAGAAAGUUCAAUACCUUUUUGAAGAGCUUGGCAGUGGUCAUGGCCUUCCUGCUCUGGCUUUCUCCAUCAGCUCCUUGACCUUGAUUGGGAUGCUGGCAGUGAUCACUUACACAGCAUACGGUAUGUCUGUACUGCCUUUGAAUCUGAUAAAAGGCACACGGAGUGUGGCGUAUGAACGACUGGAAAACACAGAGGACAUUGAUGAUGUCGAGCAUCAGAUCGAGAAGCUGAGAUCCAAGUGUCAAGAUGGACGCCCGUUGUCAUCACGGGACAGACGCAAUCUGCAGGAACUCGAAGGAAAGUUGCUGGUCCUACAACGGAGAGGGAGGCACCUGGAAAUUGCAGAGAGGACCUGCUGCAACAAGAUGGGUGGUGCUCUCAGACCUUUCAAGAUUAUACUGGGCAUUUUCUUUAUCCUGGUGGCUCUGCUGUUCUCUGUUGCACUCUUCAUUUCAAAUCUGGAUAAAGCUCUUCACUCUGCUGGCAUGAGCUCUGGCUUUAUAAUCUUUGGCACCAAUUUAACCAAUCCUUUGAAUGAACUUCUAUUAGCCUUACAACCUGUAUUUCCAUUGGAUUACAUCCUGAUUACAGUCAUCACAAUGUAUUUUGUGCUUACAUCCAUGGCGGGUAUUCGCAACAUGGGCAUCUGGUUCUUUUGGAUAAGGCUGUACAAAAUCCGACCUAAAAGAACUCGUCCCCAGGCUCUCCUCUUCCUCUGCAUGAUUUUGCUUUUGAUUGUUCUCCAUACCAGCUACAUGAUCUACAGUCUUGCUCCUCAAUACGUCAUGUAUGGCAGCCAAAAAUAUCUCAUAGAGAGUCCUUCAACAGGCCUUACGUCAGGCAACACUUCAGUCAGCACUACCAGGAUCUGUGACGCCAACGCGCCUGAGGACCAGUGCAUUGUGACCAGGUCGUAUCUUUUCCUCCACAAGUUUUGGUUCUUCAGUACCAUCUACUACUUUGGAAACUGGGCCUUUAUUGGGGCCUUCCUCAUCGGCCUGGUGGUGUCAUGCUGCCGAGGGAAGAAGUCUGUGAUUGAAGGCGAGGUGGAGGUCGACGACUCGGAUGUCAGCGAUGAUGAAUAUGUGCACUGAGGUGCAAUACGCACGCACCCUCGGGGCAGCACCUCCAGCCAUAAGCUAAGGGGGCUAUAAAGUACAAUUUGGCAAGGCAUUCAUUUGCUUCCAUUUUAUUUUGAUAGCUUUGAAAGAGGUCAGCUCCCAUACAACGUGACUGACGAUGUCGGAAUUAGAAGAAUGUCCCGCAAAGCCACACGCACAGACAACCGUAGAAAUUAAGGCAACACUUACAAGCUAAUUGUGCAUUUUACCUUUACUGAAAUGCUUUCUCCGCCUAACGUUCUCAACUCAAGACCCAAAUUUUGAUUCCUUCCGAGUAUGCAAACCAUAGCUUUGAAAUAAAGGACUGAUAAAGACAUGAAUUUAUCAAAACAAAAUCAAAAAGCCAUUUACCAUGAAAUGCUUUGUCUUUUACAUAUUUCAGCUCUUGACCAUUGGCCAUCCCCCCCAAAAAGAGGCCCAUUUUGGUUCCCUGCCCUUUACCCUUAAAAUGGCUGCCCGUCUGCUUUAAAAUUUCUUCAACUUUACUUGUGUGCUCGUUACUGUAUGAAAUUCACUACACAUUUUUUUUGUCUAUCAUUGAAAUGAAAUGCUGAUUUAAAUGAACACGUCCAAUGUCAGGCUUCCGCAGAGCUAGCUGAUGAGCUGAUCAUUUGAAUCAGGUGUGUUGCAACAGAGAGACUUGGAAAACAUGCAGGACAGCGGCCCUCCAGGACCUGAGCUUGACACCUAUGAUUUAAGGCAUGUUUUCCUCCAUGAAUAAUCCCAAGUUAUUCAUUGACGUGCUGGAAUUGACUGCUGUGAUAUGUGGUACCAAGUAACAUUAUAUGUCCACUAUUUGGUCCUUUUCUUUUCUGCUUGGCUCUCGACGAAGACGGACGCUUUUUGCACUGCCCUCACCCCACCCUUUCCGUGCUCGCCACUUAGUCCUUGUGCUGUCUUUGUCUAACUUUUUCCCUAGCCUCCUACCGUAUUUUUCAUCCGAAGAACUAACCAUGGAAUUAGUUGGCUGGUCCCUCAAUGUAAUCGACAAAUUUUUUUCGACGAAAAGAGCGGGCAGUGGGGAGCCUGCUUGCCCUCCGGGGACACUUGCUGCCGCAUACGCCCUGGAUCCAUGGAGAAAGUGGAGACUGGUGUGCCUGGCAGGACUGUCCGUGGAGGAUGUGGAAGACAUCUACAUUAUUGGCCUUCUGAUAACAGGUAUGCUGCUGUUUGGUGUUGGCAGCUUUCUGUUCUAUCGCAAAAUUCAGCGACGGGAGCGGCUCCAUUGGAAGUGAAGAAGCUGCCGGUCACUCUGGAUGGCUUGGCGCGAAUGUCCAACACUCAGACUCAAGCGGUGACUGAGCUCAACCGCAAUAUUGUUGCUGUUUUGGAGCGACUCCACGCGUUCGACAACACCAUGGAGAAGUUGGAAUCCGCGCUGCGGAAAGAAUUUUCGGAUCCAACUGAUCGGCGCCAGUGAGGAGAUACAGACCAACGACUCAAGGCUGUCUGGAAUUGUUGGCGGCCAUCCCUCCAAAACAAACAACGCUAUCUGGCCUUUCCCCUGGAUGGAAGUACGCAUGGAGUCUAGGGCCCCCACAACCACCCCCCUCCUUCUCGGCCAUGGACUGAUAAGCCGGGACUGUCUUCCUGAUGAGCAGACCUCGACGAAGCAGCUAUGGCCUGUACACGCAUACAAUUACACAACUGGACAACCACGCGCGCAUACACAUCCUUGUUAUCACCAUCUUCAUCGCUCCGAUUCUUUUUCCCCCGUGACGUGGUUCGAUAUGCGGAGCACCACGGUGACCGUGCAGCUGUUCAUUUCGGCCGCGUCGCGGUUACCCCCCUCUUCCCAUUCAUCCUCCCCCCUUAUUACAUGUUAUGUCUUGUGACUUGUUGUAACUGUCAUAUGCUUAUUUAUGUGCUAUGGUCUUUUUUUAUCUUGGACUUAAAUUAUCCUCGGAAGAGGAUAGUUCGAGCGUGUUUUUUUCCCCUCUCCCUACCCAGCGCUUUCCUUUCUGAAUUCUGAGUGUAAUUUCCCCAUUGUGGGACAAAUAAAGGAUAAAGGAUAUCUUUAGUGGUACAUGGAUUUGAUGAAAUAAAUGACUUCAAAAA